AUGGUUUGUAGUAUAUACGGUGUAGAAGUUGCACUCACCCCGAGGGCUGAAGCCCGCAUGACAAGCCGUGAAGCGGAGUUAUUUAGAUUAUUUAAUAUUGUUUGCAUUACCACGAGAUCAGAUCUAAUAAGAGCUAUAUCGUCUGUAUAUUCUAUCUCCGUGGGCGGACGCUCAGGGAGCAUUUCGAUUCCACAGGCAUUAGAGACUGAUGGCGAGUCUUUCAUGGUCGUACCCAUGACGAAGUUGAAGAGGAAAGACCUUCACUCGGCCGCGGGAGUUAGCGUACAGCGCCUUAAGGAGGGUCAAGAAUUUAUGGGGAGACACCCUUGCUCCGCAGACACUGUCAUACGUACGGAUAACGGGGAGCAACUACUUCACUUUUGUGCUAAGCAUCGUCUGUUCCUGACAAGUACGAACUCCCAGGAAGAACGCUCACAUCGAGUUACUUGGAUGCCACCGACCGCGAGGCAGCCGAGUACUCAAUUGGAUCAUGUGGCUAUCAGCUUCCGACCGAGAGUCUUAAUUAAAGAUUGCCAUGAAUUGGUACGGGGUCUCGCUGCUCUUGGUCUGGCUGCUCCCCUUUGGCCUUCCUGGAAUGGUUGCACCUUGUGGAACGAAGUUCCAGCCAGUGUAGCCCACGGGAUCGCUGCAGCACUCAAGCCCGACCACCACGUCAAGGACAGACAUACCACUUGCAAUAAUGAGGAUUUUUCACGCUUACCAGUCCGUUCCAUAACAGAGGAGAACAGUCUAUCCGAAUUCUUUAAUAUUGCUGAGUUGGCUAACUCCGAUUUUACUGCACAGAAAAGGCCCUUCAGAUUAUUAUCACAAAAUGAUAUAUCAGGUGUAUCGUCUGUGGUCUCGCGUCUCAAGUUCAAAGAACUCCACAGUUCCUAUCAAAAUCUUCUCAAGAUCCCACGGAGACCCAAAUGGACCAAAGAUAUGUCGGCCGAUGAGUUAGUUCGGUUGGAGAAAGAGGAACUAUUAGCAUGGAGGCGUUCACUGGUCAAGCUGGAAGAAACCGAUGGAAUUGUACUCACGCCCUUCGAGAAAAAUAUUGAAUUUUGGCGCCAGCUAUGGCGGGUCGUUGAGCGAAGCGAUAUUUUAGUGCAGAUUGUCGAUGCACGCCAACCACUACUGUACUAUUGUUCAGAUUUGGAAUCCUACGCCCGUGAAGUUGACCCAAAUAAGAUUUGUUUGGUAUUGGUGAACAAGGCGGACUUUCUGACGCCGGAACAACGUUCUUGUUGGAGCAAGUACUUUCAGUCGAAUGGCAUACGAGCCAUAUUCUGGUCGGCUACAUUGGCUGCUACUGCUGCCCACCCGGUAACUGAUCCAGACAGUCUCGCCAAACAGCAAUUCGAUGGUGAUUCUUUGACUGACUCGGGUCUUCAGGAACUCCAGGUUGACGAUGCUUCCAGUGAUAGCAGUGAAUCUACCGCUAAAAACGGCUCAUCUACUGAAGAAGAAGAAGAAGAAAGCGAUGGGGACCCACCAGCGUCCUUUAGCCCUUUGGAGGGUGCUUCUAAAGACAACGAAGCGGUUCAUUCCUAUGAAAGCCAAGCCGGAGGAAAAAACAAGGUCUCCACAUCUGAACGUGACCCCGAUUCGAGCAUCCAGUCCACCCAGCUCUUUGGAACUGAGGAACUAUUGAAUUUGUUACAGAAUGAUAUUUAUCCCUCGAACGCGCCUCGUCUUUCUCCAUCCCAACUCACCGUCGGUUUUGUCGGCUACCCGAACGUAGGCAAAUCGAGCACGCUAAAUGCCCUGAUGGGAUGCAAGAAGACUGCUGUAUCUGCCACACCAGGACGAACGAAGCACUUUCAGACUCUCUGUGUCCGGCCAGGCCUGGUUCUCUGUGAUUGUCCCGGCCUCGUAAUGCCCUCAUUUGUAUACUCCAAGGCCGACUUGGUCGUUGCCGGGAUACUUUCCAUUGAUGAGAUGCGUGACUGUCUAUCUCCAAUUGGACUGAUUUGUGAACAGAUUCCCCGAUCCGUUUUGGAAUUCAAAUAUGGCAUCAAUCUUCAGAAACCAAAACUGGAUGUGCAGGUGGAUAGCUCACAACCUGAGCCACCGCCCACUCCACAUGAAUUGCUGGCGGCUCAUGCAUUUUCACACAGUUUCAUGACCGCCAAAGGCAAUCCACAUUAUGAUCGAUCGGCUCGGCUCAUUCUAAAGGAUUACGUUCAGGGUCGGUUACUCUAUUGUCAUCCACCACCAAAUGUGGAUCCAGAACAGUUUCAACUUCUUGGGAGAAGCGCAGAUGGACUUCACCCCAGUCUGGCUCAUUCACACAUAACCAAGACUGGACGACCUGUGGGUAGUAGAAAACCUGGAAGCGUUGGUUCACAACUGGAUCCCGGUGUCAUUACCGAUUUCGAUCGACUUGCCUUCAAAACGACUGGACGACCUGUGGGUAGUAGAAAACCUGGAAGCGUUGGUUCACAACUGGAUCCCGGUGUCAUUACCGAUUUCGAUCGACUUGCCUUCAAAACGAACGUUCCAACGAACUCACACGUACGAAGUCGGAAACGUAUUAUCGUUCGACCUCCGGACACUUUGACAGGUUCUACCGUGACGGAAGAUGAUGAAGACAAACUUUCCUCCUUCAGUUCUUCCUCGUGGUCAACAGUCAACUCCAGCGUCGGUGGUUCCAGUCUUCUAUCUGGCGCGGAGUCUACAGCGGCCAGUACAGUGAUGGGCAGCGAGUCGAUGAAAAAGCCCUGGCGUAUUGUCAGUCAGUCAAAGCGUAAUCAGGGGAUCGGAACCGCACGACCCGGGAACAGCAAAAAGCAACGAGAGAAGUUGCGCCGCGUCCGUGGUUCGAACCCGACCUCUGCCACUCGACUUCCCCUGUCUAGGCUUGGGCGACCUGGCAGUAUCCCAGCCCUCGUACAACCUUCGGGUGGCAUGGCAAAUCGUGGAAUGUUCGCUGUAAUCAGAAAAAGUCGCUUGUCUCGCCUACGGAUCUACGGAGUCUUCAGUCUGCUCUCGACACAUCCACUAGAAAAUACCCAACAGCAGCCUUCGAGUGAUGCAUCAGCCGAGCACUACGCAGCUUUAAAGCCCGAGGGCUCUGCUCUUCUCGGCGAAAGUCCGCACUUCUCUCCCGUUUUGCACCCAGAUCCUUUGUUCAACUGGGAUGAUAUUCGUCACAGCGUGCAAGCCCGAGGUUUGCUGGAACACUUUAGUUUGGACCAUUUGAUUGAACUUCACACAGAAAUGGAAGGCUUGAAUUGUCAAAUACGGGAUCUUGAAGGUCAGCGGAGGCAGAAUCAUUUGCGCGAAUCCACCGUGGAUCCAAGCUUACUCAGGGCAGAGGCCAGAAGACUGCGCUUGGAACAGAACCAACUGAAGGUCACUCUGCGGAACGUGACGAGAGAGUUUAUGAAACCCGCUUUGCGGCUACCGAAUAUCCUUCAUCCCGAUUGUCCCACAGGAUCAGAACCGAAACUAGUUCGAACAUUCAAACCGAGGACUGUUGGCAGGACUACGUCCUGGUCCGAUGUGAAGAAUGAUUUGCACGUCACAUCCCUCGGAACCUAUCUCACUGGUCAUUUAGCCCAUCUGGAUACAUCCCAUUUGAACUCGAUUCGUGAUCGCUGGCUGGAUCCAGGAUCUUAUCCAGUGGUUCCAAGCUACCCAAUACAUCUGUCUGACUUUGCCCGUGGACCAGCUGUGGAGGGAUGUGGGUCAUCUGUUAUCGAUCAGACCCAUCCAGAUUCUUCGGGCAAUGAGACUUCUGAUUGGCUGUUGAAUCCCUACACGACCUGUUAUUUGGUUGGGUCGGCCAGUCUGCCUGCUUUCGCUGCAUACUUCCUUCGACAGCAAGUCAGACCUGAAACUCCUCUUCCUCUGAGGAUUGUAAGUUUAGGGUCUGUGUACGAACGUACGAUGUCCGGUAACGAAGGUAAUGCAAACGGUGUCCACAUGCACUUUUUGAGAUAUAUUGGAUUGUCUCUUUGGCUUCUAAUAGGUUAUCAGAGCACGUCUGUCCAGCUCCCUUCUUUAAGGAGCUGUGUCAAUACUUUUCGCGAUUGUUGGUCUGUUCACCGAGUUUGGCAGUUGGAUUGCAAACGUUUCAUCAACACUCGAGGUGACAUCGUCAGUGCAAGUUUGAAUGGGGAAAUCCCUCCUCUUCUGUCUUUAUCCAUCUUGGAGAUCAGUUCAAACUGGCAAUGCUGUACUGAGGGGUUCGAUCGAAUUCUGGAUGAUCUGUGUCGAUUCUGGUCCCGUUAUCAACCAUCGUGGCCUCUCAGGUUGAUAUACACUCCAGCCUUCCAGCUUGCCGAGUACGAGAUGCUCCGAGCGGUUGUCGAAGUCGUCCCAGAAGACAUCACUGAAGUCUCUCACAGUGCCCCUAUCCAACUUGCUUCGGUUUCCGUGCUUGGUGACUGGGUAUCACGCCGAGUGACGACCAAAGUCUCUCACAGGACAAACCAGGAAGGUGAAUCGGACGCCUAUUUGCGCCAGAUAUACGUAAAAGUGGUCGAUUCUCGGUCACUUCUCACUGCGUUUGAGCGGACUGGUCAACUGACAGUGUCUUCUGUCUAACACGGAACCGACACUCGGAGGUACUUCGAGUCCAUUGUACAUAGAUUUUAACUGUGUUUU